AUGGCGGAAAAACUAGCCCCUGAAAAGCGUCACAGCUUCAUCCAUAACGGUGAAAAGGUGUUCGAGUGGGAUCAAACCCUCGAUGAAGUCAAUCUUUACAUAAAUCUUCCUCCUAACGUCCAUUCCAAGCAAUUCUACUGUAAGAUUCAGUCCAAGCACCUCGAACUUGGCAUCAAAGGCAAUCCUCCCUAUCUCAACCAUGAUCUCACUUGCCCUGUGAAGACAGAUUCUUCUUUUUGGACCCUAGAGGAUGACAUAAUGCACAUAACACUGCAGAAGAGAGAUAAAGGCAAGACAUGGGCUUCUCCCAUAUUAGGUCAGGGUCAACUGGACCCUUACUCUACUGAUCUUGAACAGAAGCGUCUCAUGCUUCAGAGAUUUCAAGAGGAGAAUCCAGGUUUUGAUUUUUCACAAGCUCAGUUUUCUGGAAACUGUCCGGACCCAAGGACCUUCAUGGGUGGAAUCCGAUCAGAUUGA